AUGAGGUUCGGUUGGCUCGAGGUCGCCGCCCUGACGGCUGCCUCUGUAGCCAAUGCCCAGGAAUUGGCUUUCUCUCCACCAUUCUACCCUUCGCCUUGGGCUGAUGGCCAGGGAGAAUGGGCGGAUGCCCAUCGACGCGCCGUCGAGAUCGUUUCUCAGAUGACAUUGGCAGAGAAGGUUAACCUUACAACGGGUACUGGAUGGGAAAUGGACAGAUGUGUCGGUCAAACGGGCAGCGUUCCCAGACUUGGUAUCAAUUGGGGUCUCUGUGGCCAGGAUUCUCCUCUGGGUCUUCGUUUCUCUGAUCUCAACUCCGCCUUCCCUGCUGGUACUAAUGUCGCCGCGACAUGGGACAAGACACUCGCCUACCUUCGUGGAAAGGCCAUGGGCGAGGAAUUCAACGACAAGGGCGCUGACAUUCAGCUGGGGCCUGCCGCUGGUCCCCUCGGCAAAUACCCCGACGGUGGCCGAAUCUGGGAAGGCUUCUCUCCUGAUCCGGCUCUCACUGGUGUGCUUUUCGCAGAGACUAUCAAGGGUAUCCAAGAUGCGGGGGUGAUUGCUACUGCCAAGCAUUACAUCCUGAACGAACAGGAGCAUUUCCGACAGGUUAGCGAGGCCCAGGGAUAUGGAUACAACAUCACGGAGACCAUCAGCUCCAACGUGGACGACAAGACCAUGCACGAGUUGUACCUUUGGCCCUUUGCAGAUGCCGUGCGCGCUGGCGUUGGCGCUAUCAUGUGUUCCUACAAUCAGAUCAACAACAGCUACGGUUGCCAAAACAGUCAGACUCUGAACAAGCUCCUCAAGUCCGAGCUGGGCUUCCAGGGGUUCGUCAUGAGUGACUGGAGCGCUCAUCACAGCGGUGUCGGCGCUGCCCUUGCUGGGUUGGAUAUGUCUAUGCCCGGAGACAUUGCCUUCGACGACGGCCUCUCCUUCUGGGGCACCAACCUGACUGUCAGUGUUCUCAACGGCACCGUUCCGGCUUGGCGUGUUGAUGACAUGGCUGUCCGUAUCAUGACCGCUUACUACAAGGUUGGCCGUGACCGUCUUCGUGUCCCGCCCAACUUCAGCUCCUGGACCCGGGACGAGUACGGCUGGGAGCAUUAUGCUGUCUCCGAGGGAGCGUGGACCAAGGUCAACGAGUUCGUCAAAGUGCAGCGCGAUCACUCUCGGAUCAUCCGUGAGGUUGGCGCGGCAAGUACAGUGCUCCUGAAGAACAACGGUGCUCUUCCUUUGACCGGCAAGGAGGUUAAAGUGGGUGUUCUCGGCGAAGAUGCUGGUUCCAACCCGUGGGGCCCGAACGGCUGCAGCGACCGCGGCUGUGAUAACGGUACUCUUGCCAUGGCCUGGGGUAGUGGUACUGCUAAUUUCCCUUACCUUGUUACCCCCGAGCAGGCUAUUCAGCGCGAGGUUAUCAAGAACGGCGGCAAUGUCUUCGCUGUGACUGACAACGGAGCUCUGAACCAGAUGGCCGAUGUUGCAUCUCAAUCCAGCGUCUCUCUUGUGUUUGUCAACGCCGACUCCGGCGAGGGAUACAUCAGCGUCGACGGCAACGAAGGUGACCGUAAGAAUCUCACCCUUUGGAAGAACGGCGAAGCCGUCAUCGACACCGUUGUCAGCCACUGCAACAACACCAUUGUCGUUAUUCACAGUGUCGGACCCGUCUUGAUCGACCAGUGGUACGACAACCCCAACGUCACUGCCAUCAUCUGGGCCGGCUUGCCCGGUCAGGAGAGCGGCAACUCCCUCAUCGACGUGCUCUAUGGCUAUGUCAACCCCAGCGCCAAGACCCCAUUCACCUGGGGCAAGACUCGCGGGUCUUACGGUGCUCCCUUGCUCACCGAGCCUAACAAUGGCAACGGCGCUCCCCAGGAUGAUUUCGACGAGGGCGUCUUCAUCGACUACCGUUACUUCGACAAGCGCAACGAGACCCCCAUCUAUGAGUUUGGCCAUGGCUUGAGCUACACCACCUUUGGUUAUUCUCACCUCCAGGUUCAGGCCCUCAAUUGUUCGACAUACGUCCCGACUAGCGGAACGACCAAGCCUGCGCCAACUUACGGCGAGAUCGGCCGUGCUGCCGACUACCUGUAUCCAGAGGGCCUCAAGAGAAUCACCAAGUUUAUCUACCCUUGGCUGAACUCGACCGACCUCAAGGCUUCUUCUGGCGACCCGAACUACGGCUGGGAGGACUCGGAGUACAUUCCCGAAGGCGCUACGGACGGUUCUCCUCAACCUCUCCUGAAGGCUGGUGGUGCUCCAGGUGGCAACCCUACCCUUUAUGACGAUCUUGUUGAGGUGUCAGCCACCAUCACCAACACUGGCAACGUCGCCGGUUAUGAGGUUCCUCAAUUGUAUGUUUCCCUGGGUGGACCUAAUGAGCCUCGGGUCGUUCUGCGCAAGUUCGACCGAAUCUACCUGACUCCUGGAGAGCAGAAGGUCUGGACCACGACUCUUAACCGUCGUGAUCUCGCCAACUGGGAUGUGGAGGCUCAGGACUGGGUCAUCACCAAGUACCCCAAGAGAGUGUACGUCGGCAGCUCAUCGCGUAAGCUGCCUCUGAGAGCGUCUCUGCCCACUGUCCAGUAG